GGAAUUCUGGGAAGUGUGCUCCCGGUGGCCUGUGCGGGAAUAGUCACUUCCGGCCCAGGUGUGCGAGGCCGUGUCCCGCGUUCCUCUCAGAAAGGUCUGCACCAUUUCCUGGAAGAAAGGAGGAGAAAAUGGCCCAGUUGCAGGAGAUGGUGACGUUCAGGGACGUGGCUGUGAUCUUCAGCGAGGAGGAGCUGGGGCUGCUGGACGCUGCCCAGAGGAAGCUGUACCGUGAUGUGAUGCUGGAGACCUUCAGGAUGCUGCUCUCAGUGGCACACCAGCCGUUCACACUAGGCCUGAUAGCCCAGCUGGAGAAUGAAGAGGAGCUCUGCAUGGUGGAGGCCCAAGGAGGUGAGAUCUCAGGAAGCCAGGGUGGACGUGCUGUGGAGAAUGAUGAAGACAUGGAGUUAAGCUCCCUUUGUCCCAGAGAGCUCUCCUCCUGUCAGACCUGGCCACAGGGUGCAGGCUUGUUACCCAGGGAUCAGGAUUCCAUGAAAAGAUGUCUAAAGAGCAACACUGAGUCUCAGAACCAGGGAGAUUCUUCCUUCCUGGUGUGCGCAGGGCGGCUGGUUCAGAUUUCUGAGGAUGGGAACUACGUGUUGCCUCCUGUAGAUGAUGACUCUGCCUCUCUGAGAAGUCAAGAGUUUCCUUCACUGAGAGCCCAGCAGUCUUGGCAGGAAUCACAUCUCAGUGGGUCAUGUAAUCGUCAAUGGAAAGGUCAGCGAAUGCCCACGAGAAAUCAUUUCCGUGGAUGUGACAGCGUCAGUUGGUUCUCAUACCACAGUGACAAUGAGGGGUUACACAGAAAGGGGGAAAGCUAUAGUUUCCAUGACCUCAGAGAAGAGACCAUGAAGGUAUCUUCACUUAAGCAGGACUUCAUUAAAUUAGGGCCGGUGCCCUGCCCAUGUAGUAAGUUAAGAAAAGCCUGUGGCCAUGGUGACAACAUUGAGCCUGGCUCUCACACACAUCAGCAGUUGAACUCAAGAGGGAAGCAUUGUCCAUGCAGUUCACAUGGUGAGGGCUGUCAGGACAGGUCAGCUCUUCACUUCCAUCAGAGUGUGGAAACAGGAGAUGAAGGUACGGCUGAGAGUUCUCUUCUGUGGUCCCCUCUGAGACUGUGUACAGAGCAAAUGCUGUGCCAGGGCAGUGAGAACGCCCAUCAUGCCUACCCUCUCAACCCUUGUGGAAGUGUCCACCCGGGCGACACCUCCCAGAAGAGCGGCAUCCCUGAGAAAGCUUUGCCUUGUUGUUUACACUAUAAUAGAAAUUUUAUGGUCCACACUAGGGAAGAGCCCAACAAGUAUGAGGCGAAUGGGAAUGUUUCUAGUCAGAGUUUGUAUCUUCAAGCUAAUCAGGACAUCCACGGUGAAGAAAAACUACAUCCAGGUGUGGUGUGUAGAAAAGAUUUCACACAUUGCUCAAAUUUUAACACUGAGCACAAAGUUCACAUGGCAGAGACUGUCUAUAACUCUGAGUGUGGUGACCACUUCAGUCUGCCCCCACAUUUCCAGGACUUUUCAGCAGUGUACCCCAGGGAACAACCACAUAAACAUGCAUGCAGUACAAGCUUCGAACAAAAAUUGUGUAUUCCAAGCCAUCAACAACUUGACGUCCUUGAGAAACCUACUUAUAAAGAGAGUGGGAAUGGCUGCAAGUGGAGUUCUAGCCCCCAAGAUCAGCAGAAACCUAAGCCACACAAAUGCAACACCUGUGGGAAAGGCUUCAGUGACAGAUGGGUUCUUACCAUUCACCAGAGAGUCCACACAGGAGAGAAACCAUAUCAGUGUAAGGCGUGUGGGAAGAGCUUCAGUCAGAGUGCCUACCUACACUCCCACCGGAGAGUUCACACUGGAGAGAAACCAUACAAGUGUGAGGAGUGUGGGAAGGCCUUCAGUCGGAGUUUCUACCUGCAAGGCCACCAGAGAAGUCACACUGGGGAGAAACCAUACAAGUGUGAGGAGUGUGGGAAGAGCUUCAGUCGAAAUUCCUACCUGCAAGACCACCAGAAAGUUCACACUGGAGAGAAACCAUACAAGUGUGAGCAGUGUGGGAAGGGCUUCAGUCGGAGUUCAAACCUUCAAGGUCACCGGAGAGUUCAUACAGGAGAGAAACCAUACAAGUGUGAGGAGUGUGGGAAGGGCUUCAGAUGGAACUGUAAUCUUCAAAUUCAUCAGCGGGUUCACACAGGAGAAAAACCCUAUAAAUGUGGAAAAUGUGGCAAAGGCUUUAGUAAGGCCUCAACUCUCCUGGUCCAUGAGAGAGUCCACAUGGGAGAGAAGCCUUACCAGUGUCUCGAGUGUGGGAAGGCCUACAAUAGGUAUUCCAAUCUCCAGAUACAUCACAGAAUCCAUACUGGGGAGAAGCCAUUUAAAUGUGAGGUGUGUGGGAAAGGUUUCACCCAGAAGUCAAAUCUUCAAUCUCAUCAGCUUGUCCAUACUGGAAGGAAACCUUACAAGUGUGAGACAUGUGGUAAGGGAUUCAGUAGGAAUUCAGGUCUUCUGAUGCAUCAGAAAGUCCAUAGCAGUGAUAGUUUCUAUAGGAGGGAAGAGUAUAGGAAUGGUUCCCAUCCUUCUGAGAACCUAUGCAGAGAUGAAGGCCUGUCAAAUACUGUUCUGUUUUGUUAAUAUAAAGUAGUGUUUAUACCUAACAUGAAUGCCAGUGGUUGUUGGGAAACAAAACAGAAUAGAGAUUCAUCAAGUGUUUGCCAACAUCUCAACAAGCUCUUGUUAGAGGAUCAAGAACUUCUUACGAAUGUAAGCAGGAAUUAGCAAACGUUUGAUUAUAUGUGGGAGUUUCAUUUCUCAGAGCCAAUUGGUCCCAAAUAUCUGGACCCCGAAGCUGCUUCCCAAAUUACCAUGCAGAGGCUUAAUAUUACUUACAAAUGUUGGAUUAAUAACUCAGGCUUAAUAUUAGCUAUCUCUUCCAGUUUAACUGAUAUUCCUUAAUUAUGCACUGGUAUGUGGUGGUCUCUGUUCUCAAUAUGGCGCACCCAUCUUGCUCUUUCUUGUGUUUACCUGAGUCUCCUGAACCUGCCCAUUUUUAUCGCUUAUCAUCCUUAGUUUGGUUGGCCCAACUAUACUUUCUGCCUGGUUACUGGCCAGUCAGCCUUUCAUUAAACCAGCUUGUGUGACAAAUCUUUACACUGUGCAAGAUAAUUAUUCCACAGCAUUUCUUCCUUUUGUCCAAUUAAAAAGUAAGUUUUGAUGAUACAAAAUUGACUAUUAAUCAGUUACAAGAAAUAUAAAUCAUCCCUUUUAUGUAGCACAUAUUAGAUCCCAUUUGGUCUGCUGGGCCCUCUAGUACAACAUAGUGAUGAAAUUCAUUAACUUGUUUGAAAUGUGCUAGAACCCUCAGAGUUUCAUAAGAAAAAUAGCAUUUCAAUAGCAAGAGUUUGAAAAAAGAUUUUUCUAUCACUUGGUAUCAAUACAAGAAAAUUAUAAGGCAAUGCAAAGUUUUUUAUACAGUUAAACUCCAGUACCUGCAGGAAGAAACCCAAAGGGUACUCAAUGAAAUGAUCUUUGGCUGGUGGAUGUGUUUCAUUUGGCAGAAUUUGGAACAUUAAAAUAUGUCCACCAUAUCAUAGGUACAUAUUCAGGAUUUCCGUGGGCCACUGCAUUGAGUUCUGAAAAGGAUGAUUCUAUAGUCACAGAUUUGUUAGAAGUUAUGGCCCUUAUGGGUAUACCUGUACAAAGUAAGACCGACAGUACUCCAGCAUAUGUCUCCAGUAAAAUGAUAGUUUUUUUUUGCGUAUUACAAUGUAACGUAUAUUACAGAUAUACCAUCACAAUCACCUGACAAGCAGUUAUAAGCAGAUCAAAUUGAAUUCUUAAAAAAUAGGCUUAGUAGACAUAAAGGAGCAAUUAUGAUCCCCAGGAAAAUGAUUGAAUAAUUCUUUAUUAACUUUAAAUUAUCUAAAUGCUUAUGAGAAAGGAGUUCUUUGGAGAGGCAUUUGAUAAUAGAAAAUAAUAUUGAAUUAAAUCAACCUUUAUACUUUAAAGAUAUGUUGACCUCAGAAUGGAAACAAAGAUAAUUGUUAUGUUGGGGAAGUGGUUUUGCUUUUGUUCCCACAGGAACAAAAAUUGAUAAAGAUUAGAUUUGAAUAAGAGAGACUUCUUCAUUAGAAGUGGUUCAUUAAUAGUUUUGCAUGACUAAUCUCAAUUAACUUAGACAAACAGGUAAUGCUUUGCAUAUGAUCAGAUAUAACUUGUCAAAAGGAGCCUUUCCAGUGUUAGGAUUGGGGCAGGGUUUUUUUUGUUGUUGUUGUUUGGUUUGGUUUUCUUUUGCUUUUUUAGUCUUUUCACAGGAAUGAAGGCAUUCAGCUAAGGAAUCUGAAGACUUGGAAAUAUGAGAUAUCUGAAGAAAAAGAACAAACAAUCAAGAAUAAAUGUCCCAAGAAAAAGUAAAUUAGCUUAUUAGUACAUCAUAUCAAACAGGAUAAAUUUUUAUAAAUCUUCCCAAA